AUGUCAGCUCCACCCAGCUACGACGAGUCCCAGGCCCAGCACAAGGCACCCCCUUAUCACAACUGGCAAGAGGCCAUCCCAGAUACGGCGACCUUCCCCCCGCCGCCAGUGUCGGGUUACUACGCUUCAGGCACAGGAAAUGCAUCCAGCGACGAUGCGGAUCGGGCCCAUGCUUUCUGUGACAACACGCCCUUGUGGAAGCCUGUGAGGCCCUCACCUGCCGUAUAUCGCGCGGUGCAAGAGUAUGACAUCCGACCUGUGCAGCCCCGCGAGCUCAGUGGGUGGGUUGUUCCCCAGCCCCUGCCGGCACGCGAAUGGAAAGGAGCAACUGCAGACCGGAAUCGCGACUGUGCGAUUUUGACGCAUCUGCCUCUCUACUUCGCCGCGGUGGACUCGCCGUUUGAGCGAGAAACAAGCAAAACCAUCUAUUUCGAGGUGACGCUACUUGGUCUGCGCACCGUGCCUGGUGCAGACCAGAGCGGAUUUUCCAUCGGCUUUGCCGCGCAGCCCUAUCCCUCGUGGCGCUCCCCCGGCUGGGAACGAGGAAGUCUGGGAGUCUGCUCUGAUGAUGGCUGUCGCUUCGUGAAUGAUUCAUGGGGCGGGCGAGAUUUCACCACUGCGGUCAACGUCGGUGAAACCGUUGGCAUCGGCAUGGUGUUUACUCUGCCGGACCAGAUAAGUGCUGACUCGAACGACCAAAGGAGAUGCGAGGCUAAAGUGUUUUUCACUCGCGACGGACGAAGGGUAGGGGAGUGGGAUCUGCAUGAAGAGGUGGAUGCGGAAUCUGGGAGCGUCGAAGGCUUAGAAGGAGACUAUGAUCUGUACGGGGCCAUUGGUCUGUUUGGGGGCGUUGACUUCAAGGCCUGCUUUAGCCCUGCAGGUUGGCGCUGGAACCCCUAA